UUUUGCACACAUCUAUUUGUUUGAGUGGGGGUGUAUAUUCAAGGGGGUUGGGCCAGAACUGAAAACUGAUGCAGGAAGUGAUUUUGUACAUGCCACCUCUCCUCCACAAAAUCUCUUCCUUUCUUACUCGAAACUCUGCAGGGUCCUCCGACUUACUACAGCAAGAAUGCUCCCAUUUCAGGCCGCUCCAGGACAGUUUAAGGAAGAGGCGAGGCAGCCAGGGCUGAGGUGUUGGCGAGUGGAGAAGAUGAAGGCUGUUCCCUUGGACUCUGCUGAGCUGGGGGCUUUCUUCAACGGGGACUCCUACCUUGUGCUGGACAACCGGGGUGACCAGGGAGCAGACCUCCACAUGUGGAUUGGAGAGAAAUCAUCUCGUGAUGAGCAGGUAGCUUGUGCCAUGUUGGCUACACAGUUGGAUAACUUCCUGGGUGGAGAUCCGGUCCAACACAGGCAGGUUCAGGGCUAUGAGUCUCCAGAAUUCAUGAAUCUGUUCCCUCGAGGGGUCAGCUACAAGGAGGGAGGUGUGGAGUCUGGGUUUAGAAGACCACAGGCUGGAUCUGGUCCCAUUCAGAGGUUAUACCAAAUUAAAGGAAAACGGAACAUUAGAGCCAAGGAAGUAGUUCUGAGCUGGGAGAGCUUUAACAAAGGGGACUGUUUCAUACUCGACCUGGGGGAGACGAUUGUGUCGUGGAUAGGCUCACAGGCAAACAUCUUUGAGAAGCAGAAGGUGAGGGAGAUCGCCGCUCUGAUCAGGGACACAGAGAGACACGGCAAAGCCCAAAUCACUAACAUCAAUGAGGGAGAGGAGACACAAGAGAUGCUACAGGUUCUUGGUCCAAUGCCACAGCUGAAAGAAAGCACACCAGAGGAAGACAGCCAAGCAGAUGUAUCAAACUCUGCCUCCCUCUAUAAGGUUUCAGAUGCAACAGGGUCAAUGAAGUUGACAAAGGUGUCAGAGAAAAGUCCAUUCGCCAAGGACUUGCUGGUACGUGAUGACUGCUUUAUCCUGGACAAUGGGGCCAAUGGAAAAAUCUUUGUUUGGAAAGGGAGUGGAGCCAAUGCAGAAGAGAAGAGGGCCGCGCUGAAGAUGGCAGAUGACUUCAUCCACCAAAUGAAUUACCCUAAGAUGAAAACACAGGUGGAGAUUUUACCUCAGGGCCGAGAGACCGUCAUCUUCAAACAGUUUUUCCAAAACUGGAAUUAAACCACUUCACUGCACUAAAUGAUCAUAGAAACAAACUGCUCACAAACGGUUAUUAAAGAGAGACUGUUUUUUUUUUUUUUUUUUUUAAUCAAAUAA